AUGCGAGCUAGCAAGAGGGACCGUGAGCAUGCAGUCCGGGAUUACAAGGCAGAUAGUGAGCCUGCAAACAGGAAAGAGAGAGAGGAAGCAAACCAAGCUAGCAAGGGGGCGACUGAGCGCACGGCUGGCGCUAGCAAGGGGGCGACUGAGCACACGGCUGGCGCUAGCAAGGGGGUGACUGAGCGCACGGCUGGGGCUAGCAAGGGGGCGACUGAGUGCACGGCUGGGGCUAGCAAGGGGGCGACUGAGCGCACGGCCGGCACUAGCAAGGGCACACACAGGGUUAUCAGGCCAGGGACUGAGCAUGCCAAGAAGAAUAGCAAGGGGGAGACUGAGUCUGCCAAAACGUAUACUAAGACAGAAACAAAGCACACAAAAGGGGCUAACAAAGGGGUGAUUGAGUCUGCAAAUAAUACUAGCAUAGUGGGCACUGAGAAUGCAAAUAUUGACAAACUUGAAACAUGGGUGAGUAAGGCACAGUCUGAGUGCACCCUCAGCCCUGGCAAAGCACCAGCUGACUGCACCCUCAGCCCUGGCAAGGCACCAGCUGACUGCACCCUCAGCCCUGGCAAGGCACCAGCUGAGUGCACCCUCAGCCCUGGCAAGGCACCAGCUGAGUGCACCCUCAGCCCUGGCAAGGCACCAGCUGAGUGCACCCUCAGCCCUGGCAAGGCACCAGCUGAGUGCACCCUCAGCCCUGGCAAGGCACCAGCUGAGUGCACCCUCAGCCCUGGCAAGGCACCAGCUGAGUGCACCCUCAGCCCUGGCAAGGCGCAGGCUGAGUGCACCCUCAGCCCUGGCAAGGAGCAGGCUGAGAGCACCCCCAGCUCUGGCAAGGCGCAGGCUGAGCGCACCCCCAGCUCUGGCAAGGCGCAGGCUGAGCGCACUUCAGCUUGGUGUGCGCAGGCUGAGCCACCUCAGUUUGGUAUGCAGGCUGAGCGCACUCCCCAGCUUGCAAGCAGGCUGAGCUGCACUCCCAGCUCUGGCAAGGCGCAGGCUGAGCGCACUUCUCAGCUCUGGCAAGGCGCAGGCUGAGCGCACUCCUGCCUGGGGUAAGGCCAGGCUGAGCGCACUCCCAGUUUGGCAAGGCGCAGGCUGAGCGCACUUCAGCUCUGGCAAGGCUUAGGCUGAGCUGCACUCCCCCAGCUCUGGUGCAGGCGUAGGCUGAGCGCAAAGUAUUCCCAGCUCUGGUGGGCAGCAGGGGCUGAGCGCACUUCUCAAGCCCUGGUAAUGCGCUGGAUUGAGCGCACUCCCUCAGCCCUGGCUGACUGAGCGCACCCCCAGCCCUGGCAAGGCGCUGACUGAGCGCACCCCCAGCCCUGGCAAGGCGCUGACUGAGCGCACCCCCAGCCCUGGCAAGGCGCAGGCUGAGCGCACCCCCAGCCCUGGCAAGGCGCUGACUGAGCGCACCCCCAGCCCUGGCAAGGCGCUGACUGAGCGCACCCCCAGCCCUGGCAAGACGCAGGCUGAGCGCACCCCCAGCUCUGGCAAGGCGCUGACUGAGCGCACCCCCAGCCCUGGCAAGGCGCUGACUGAGCGCACCCCCAGCCCUGCCAUCUGGAAUAGCAACAAAGUGCCUGUCUCUCCAACUAUGACUAGCAAGACCGAGGCUAAGCAUGCUAGCAAGGUAGAGACUGAGACUACCAAGCAGGCUAGUAGGGCUACUUCUAGUGGAAUCCUCCAAAAACACAAAAAUGGGAAACUUCCUUCCGUGGAUAAUGUUGGUAGGAAAACCAAUACCAAGCCAUUUCCUAGCUCACCUACAAUCAACACCAGGCACUUAAACAAAGAGGAUCCCAGUCCAGCCAAAUCUGUGGUUAAACAAAACUCUAACCGCUGUUUCAAUGCUAAGAAUAAGAAGAAAUCAUCACAUAAAAUGACAUAUAAUGAUGUGAGGGGACAGUCAGGCGCUUCCAGCACAGUCAAACUGGAAACCAAAACACAGGAAGUUGGUUUCCAUCAUCUUAUUGAGAAGGAAACCCCGGCCCUGGCCAGCCAUGAGAGAAAGAAAUGGUUUUCAAGCAGCAAAUGUGGAAAACUGACCUUCUGUGCAAAGCCUAAAAGCCCCCCCAGAUUGACGGUGGAGAGUGAAGCCUGGAGCAAAUCGAAAGAAGGAUUUGAUUGUUUAUAUAGUUGUGCAAUGAAACCAGAACAUCAAGGCUGCAGCCCAAACCGUAAUCCUGAGAAAGCCAAAGCUCCUGAAUCUACAGGUGUCAAGGCCAGUCCUCAGAAUAUCCCCAUUGGAAGUAAAGAUCAGACUAAUGUCCGCAUCAGUGGUGGAGAACAUCAUAUUGUGGAUACCAGUCCAGUUACAACGGUUGAAAAACAUGCAAAACAAUCAGAGUCACAAAAUCUCCACAUCACGGAUAAAGCAGCCAUGUGCAUUAACUGUUUGGGAUGUUCCAAGAAUGAGACAGGUGACCAGAAAAAUCCAGACCCACAAGUUAAUAAUAAACUGUUCAGUGACAGCCCUGCAGCACCAAAAAAUAAAAUGAAAAACUCAAAAAGUCUCCCUAGCAGUGUUGCUGACCCACUCAUAGCAGCAACGCCGCAGGAAGUUAAGACCAGCAUAAGGAAAGCUAAAAAACGCAUUGUGGAAUUUAAUAACGAGGAGACAGGUGACACAAGUCCAUGUAAGCCAAAUCAAAGGUUUGAUCAAAAAAAGAAAGAAGUUGUCAAACACGGGCCAGAUUCACCUACUGAACAUUCUGGAGAUAAUUCUUGUGUGUGCAUCAAAUGUGGAAAAUGCUUAGAUAAAAAUAACAAAAAAAAUACUAUCAUACCAGAAACCAAAGGUGUUUUACGUGUAAAAAAGCGUAGGAAAGGCUUUUUAGUUAAAGAACCCUACAAAUGCAAAGAGUGUGGAAAAAUCUUUACCCGUCAUUUCACCCUUCUUCAGCACCAAAGCAUUCACACGGGUGAGAAACCCUUCUCUUGUCAAGAGUGUGGGAAAAAAUUCAGAGACAAUAACAGUCUUAAAAGUCACAUGCGAUCACACACAAAAGAAAAACCCUAUGCGUGUUUAGAAUGUGGGAAGAGAUUUAGCCAGCCAUCAUCUGUUGUUGUCCAUCAGAGAACACAUACUGAUGAGAGACCCUACCAAUGCGAUGAUUGUGGCAAAAGCUUCAGUGAUCGAUCCACAUACAGACACCACUUGAGAAUCCACACUGGGGAGAAACCUUUCUCCUGCUCGUACUGUGGGAAGAAGUUUACUCAACUCGCACACGUUCAGAGACAUGAAAAAAUUCACACUGGAGAACGACCUUUUGGGUGUACAGUCUGUGGCAAGAGGUUCAUUGAUCGGUCGAAGCUCAUCAAACAUGAACUAAUACACAAAAGAGGCAAUGACUGA